AUGAAUGGACACGACUUUCAGCUCACAAAAGAUGGCAACGGACUGAUGUUCACGUAAGUAUCGCCUUUAGUUUCUGUCCUGGCCUCGCCGUUGCAUCGCCAGAAGUAUUUGCCACAGUGAUAUUUCGUGUCCUUGCAUCAGCUAUGAUGUCCACAUAUUGAAGGUUGAUGAUUUCCAUUUGGGUGUCAAAGGAGAGAAGGGCGUGAUCGGCACUGCAGUCCAGGAAAUUACCCCAACAGGAGAAGUUGUGUUCGAAUGGAGAUCAUGGGACCACCUGCCGCUCAGUCUUUGGGAGAGUGAAGGGCGCCAUCCCGAAAUCUGGGACCUGUUGCACUCAAAUGCGAUUGUAGAAGCUCACAAUGGCCAUAUCCUGCUAUCGUAAGCUCUGUCUCGUUGAAGAAUGAAUAAGCAUGAUAGCUAUCUUUUCAGGAUGAGGAAAAUGUCGCAGAUUGCAAAAAUCGACAGGUUCGAGAAAGGGUCAGACGCAAGCCGUUCAAGAAGUGCAUGUUGACGUGCAGAGAUUCUGGUGAGGUCUUGUGGCGCCUCGGCGGGAAGGGAGGCAACUUCAGGUGAGCUCGAAUGUUCAGGGAAUGAAGUGCUCGUCUAGGAGCACAUGUGUGUGUUUCAGAAUCCUGAACGAUACGAGAGGCUAUUUCAUCGGGCAACAUGAUGUGAGAGACCUCGGCAAACCAGAGGGCAAACAGCAAAUCAGCAUCUUUGACAACGGGGUUAUCGCGGCAGACGGAAAAGCAAGGAGAGGAUCACGAGGCGCUGAGUAUGACUUGCAUUUCGAUAGCCAUGGUCGUCCAUUGAAUGCCCGGCUGGUGAAUUCAUACGAUACAGGCAUCCUCGCAUACGCGAAAGGCAGCUACAGGCGAAUGCCCAAUGGCAACGGUGUGUAUUGUUUGGGGGUGGGUGUGAAGCAGCCGAGGGUAUGGACUGCCAAUCCUUUCUACAUCGAGAAGGAUUCCUCAGGCCGCGAAUUGGUUAGAAUGGAAUGGGAUCUGCACGUGUACCGCCACUUUCUAGAAAUCUAUCGAGCGAUCAAGGCUCCUUGGAUCGGGACCCCUGCGUGGCCGCCGACAGCUCUCUUGGAUGACAAUAACAAAGCGAAGACCCUUCGGCUUCAUUUCUCUUGGAAUGGAGCUACCAGGUUGCAAAGAUGGCGGAUUGUCACAGGUGAUAGCGCGAAAGAGCCUUUGACAUUUGUGUAUGCGGAGGUCGAGAAAAGGCAGUUCAAGCACUGGGUGAAUAUACAGGAGGGAAUGGAGAAAUGCCGGUACUUCCAGGCCAUCGCUCUUGAUGAUGAGGGAGAGGAAUUGAGCCGAUCGCCUGUAGUUAAGACAACGCCAUGUAUGUAAUUGGGCUUUAGGAGACAGGCACCUGGAUGCCUCAACACAGUUGGAAGACUCGAUUCGAGGGUAUAUGGAGUGAUGAUAUCCUCUGAGCCUGAAGGAAAGAUUGUGUGUGCGUGGUCGGUGGUGUCACUGGAAGAUACGCCAGGUGGGCGCGGAUGAUGGUGCUGGCAUGUUUGUCGCGUGAUUGACAGUCGGUCGAUUCUCACAAAUCAUUUCAUGAGACAUCGUCGGACUCUGGCUGCCGUUGCCCUCUGUGUCAAUGCAUCUUCCCC